AAUCAGAAUCAAAUCUAGUUUGUUUCAAAAACUGUCAUUCACCACAUUUUUUUUUAAAUUUACAACUUCGACGAUGUUAAACUACUCUGAAAGUAAUGAUUUUAGAUCGCAAAUCGCUCAAGACCAGUGGUAUCAUAAGGAGAAUGUGGAUUUACCACUUCUGAACGAUUUGGUCAACGAUUCGAGUGAAUUGGGUCCCGCCAGCGUCCUCAAAGACUGCAAAUAUAACCCCCUAUUAAACCCUUUUGACAUGGAAUGGGUCUUCGGUUUCGAUAUUAGUAUUCCAGUCCUUAGCUUGACCGCAGGAGAUCGGCGAGAAAUAUUUUAUUCAGCAACGAAUGUAGGAAUUGUAUAUAAUUACUGUACGAAAAGAAUGAUCCAUCUUAGAGGACACCAAAGCAAAAUCGUGAGCGUUUCAGUGGAUAGGAGUUGUCGUUGGUUGGCCACUGCUGAUAACGGAAAAGACAACAUUAUCAUGAUUUGGGAUACACUAAACUGCUCAGUCGUAUGGACGAUUUUCAAUCAUCCCUCAGAAGGCCACGAUUUGAUCCUCAUAGGUCUAAGUCCAAACGCCCGAUUACUAAUAACCAUCACCAACGAAAACGAAAAUACCAUCAAUUUUUGGUUAUGGACCUACGGUAAAGAUAAACCAGAUGAAACCUACGUAGAUGACCGCAGUUUAGGUACAGCCAAAGCAAUCGAGUUUCAUCCCAACCUUGAAGAACACUUUAUGAUUGUUUUUGAAAAAGGCGUUAUUUUCUUUCGUUGGGACUACGAGACAGACAAAUUGGUCAAAAGUGUAAGUCCCAAAAGCCCCCUCACUACAAAAAUAGGGUAUUACACCGAUGGGACUUACGUCAAUUGUUGCCACGAAUGUUUCGUGAGCACCUCCAAAGGCUGUAUCCUCGUUUUUGGGAACACGAUUUUUGCCAAAAAUUACGCAGGAAACGAGGACUUGGACAACGAUAAAAUGUUUGUCAAAACUAUCAAAAUUGAGAAAGGAGCUUUAAAUUGUCUGACAUCAGUUGACGAAAUGAUUGUAACAGGAAAUUCAACUGGAACAAUCAUGUUUUUCGAUAAACGAAUCAAACUGCUUUAUUGGUACUCACGAAGUAUUGAAAAGUCGAUCCGAUCGAUAAGUUUCAAGCAAAAUCCACGACGAAAAUACGUUUUUGACGAGUCGCAAAGCCCAGAGGGUAGGAACAGUAGGAGUGAAGAAAUCCCUGAUUGUAUCCACGACCGAUCAGAAGAGUACGAAAUCUUAAUGAAACAAAAGGUACCAAAAGAUGCUACUCUCAACAAUCGCCCUUUUAUCAUCCGAGACUUUUUCAUUUCAACUGUUGAUGGCCAAAUUUAUUUGAUGAAUUUCUCCAAACAACAAUUUAUUUCUUUGUUUCCUACUGGCGAGAGCAGUGUUGCUGCAAUUGACGUUCAUGACGAAAAGCCUUAUGUCAUAGUUGCAUAUACCAAAGGUCAUAUUAUCAUAUUCAAUUAUGAAACACACGAAGAAGUGGUUUCGACAAAUCUGCCAGAAACUGAACCUGACACUACUAUAACCAGUAUCAAAUAUUCGCCACAAAGUCUGCAUUUAGCUUGUGGUCGAUCAAAUGGUGAAUUGUGGUUACUACAACCGGCCACUUUAGGUCAAAUUUAUGUCGAACCAUUCAGAUUUAGUAAUGACAGAGUUAUGAAAAUUGCCUUUUCACAAAAUUCUUUACAAAUGGCUUAUUAUGACUCGAACAACACCAUUUUUGGCUUUUAUUACGACUGUGAAAGCGAAGAUUGGAUUUUUAAAGGAAAAGUUCGAUCUCACUACAAAGAUGUUUGCAAUAUUUUGUUUUUAGAUGAAGAGCCUUUUAGUCUUUAUACCAUAGGAAAAGAUCGUCAUCUUAUAAGAUACACAAAUAUUGCACCCGAUGAAGAAGAAUUGGACAUUUUAACCCGUGAUCGAAUCGAGCAAAAAGACACUCCGAUUUAUUUCACUCCUUACGUCCGAAAAAAAUUCAGUAAAAGUGGAUAUUUUUUGAUUGCUGAUGAUAAGCAUAAAUAUAAAACUGUCAAUGCUAAAACAAUGAUGUGUACCGCUGUUUACUUAGGACCAGCCUAUGGCUGUUUCAAGGACAGUCCGGUUUGUAAGAUGGAGUUUCUGCCAAAAUCGGACAGGAAAUAUUUAAUUUUUAUGACAAAAAAGCAAAUUGGAAUUCAGUUAAUGUCAAUCGAUGGCAAUCCAUUCAAAUUUGUUGGCAGCCUUGGACACCCUGAAGAAUUACUAGACUUCAAAAUGUGUAAAGACGGGAAAUAUGUCUUCACUAUUGGAAAAAACGACAGAAGUGUGUUUAUGUGGAGGGUCAAGACGGCGAGUGUUGAAACAAUGAAUAUAUUGGGGGGUGUAGAGCUGCAGCCCUACUAUUGUCUUAUCGAAGGCGGAAGGGGCGGUUUUCUGUAUCAGGAAAUGCGCGAUUUGUUCUACUACAUGCAAAUCCUGCAGCAGGGUGAACAAAUUUGUGCCCCCCGAGUGGUCAGCAAUAGCAUAAAUCUGGGGGAAUUACCAGACUUGAUGAGGGCUUGUGGGUACUAUCCUUCAGAAUAUGAGAUUGAAAAUCUCCUAACCGACAUGCGUUAUAAAGAAUACGACGAAAACGGCAUGUUGAAAGAUAAAGUCACGUUUUGCGAGUUUGUCAAACUUUUUAUUAAUCAUAAACCCGCUUACGGUUACACAAUCGAGAGUCUUGAGGAGUCUUUUGAAACAAUUACGACGUUUUCGGAUGAGUAUGGAGCGUCAGAUAUGUCGAGGGAGGAUUUUAUUGAGGCUAUAACAACAACAGGGGAGCAAGUUAGCAACGAGCAGAUUUUUAGAUGUUUGAUUACGCUUUUACAUGAGACUGAAACGCCGGAUCAGUUCGGUGAGAGGGAUUUUAGCUUUAUGCCUGAUACUAUCGAUUUUGAUUAUUUGACUGAGGAUAUUCUGGGCAUCGAUAUGGAUCAAAUUGAACGACUUGAAAAAGAUGACGAUGAUAAUGAUGAUGAUGCAGGAGGAUACUAUGAAUUCUUCUAUCGCUCAUAACCGUUAUUAAAAACAUUUUUAAAUAAAAAUUUACGUGCUGAUAUUAUGAUUUCCUGUAGUCAGAAUUGUGAAUUUUUGUAAACAAUUCAAGUAAACACAAAUCAGUAAUAAGA